AUGGCCAGAAAUGGUGCUUCGCGCAACAAAAUAUAUUUCUACAUAUCUGUGGAAUGGUUUGAUUUAUUCUUCCGUACAGCAAGAUGGCUGCCCUCAUUGUUUUACCCUCCGCACGCUCAGGCCUGUCACGCCGCCCUGGCAGUGACGCAUGCUUACUACGAUCAUCCUGACACCGGCACCUACUUGGCUCAGGGCGGCAGCAUGAGAACCGUCGUGCUGGAGGCACCAGAUGAGAGUGCUCUGACGGCAUUAGCAGAGACCCUACAGCAAAAUGGCAUCGAUCAUAAAGUGUGGACAGAACAGCCUGAAGACAUUCCCACUUGCAUUGCCCUCCGCCCCUACCCUAAGGAAGACGUGCACCGUCACCUGAAGAAAUUCAAACUGCUGAAAUGAUCGUCCUUUCCUUUGGCCAUUGUACAGGUUUGACUAGGAGAGACACCUUUUCUCUGGAACUCUGAGGCGCAGCAGGAUCACUGGGAGGCAUGAGAACUGCUUGGAGAACCACAAUGUUACUGCAUGUUGCUGGCUACGAUAUUCUGUCACCCAAAGUGUUGCGCUAGGGGGAAUUAAAAAUGUGCAU